AUGACUAAAGGAACGGGAGGAAACCCUGAAAAACAAGAAAAUUUGAAGUGUGAAAUUGACUGUGAUCGUGAUCCGGCUAGAAAUUCUAACAAUGCAUACAAUUUACUUUGUUCUGGUCUUGGUCCAUAUCAGCCAACUAAUUGUAAUUUUUCUAAAGUUAAAGGUAGACAAUUUAGAAAAGAAUGGUACGUGAAAUUUCCAUGGCUUGAAUACAGCCCUUCAAAAGAUUCUGUAUUUUGUUUUUAUUGUCGUGCUUUACCAUUUGCCAGUUGUGAUAAAGCAUUUAUAACUAAUGGUUUUAAAUCUUGGAAAAAAAUGAACGAAUAUUCUAAUAAUCAUUCCAAAAGUGUUGCUCAUAAAGAAUCAUUGACAAAAUAUGCUGGUUUCAAAUCAGCUAUUAAACAAGGCAAUAUCAUAUCUAAAAUUGAUAGUAAUCAUAACAAAGUAGUAAAAGAAAAUAGAGAAUAUAUAAAAUGCUUAUUGGAAACUAUUUUAUACUGUGCUUAUCAAGGAAUUCCAAUUCGAGGUCAUAGAGAAAAUGAAGAUUCUGAAAACAUGGGCAAUUUUUUAGAACUGAUGAAAUUACGUGCAAAAGACAAUAAUAUUUUGGAUCGUUAUUUUUUAAAAAAAGAGAAAUCCUUCAGAUAUGUAAGUGGUACACAUAUUAAUGAAUUUAUUAGUUUAAUGGGUGCAUUUGUAACAAAAAACAUAAUCAAGGACAUACAAUUGGCUGGUAUUUAUAGUUUAUUAAUUGACGAAACUCAGGAUCUUGCUAGGCACGAACAAGUAUCAUUCAUCAUACGUUAUGUUGAUAGUAAUUUAAAUCCCCAUGAAGAUUUCAUAGGAUUUUUUAGAACAGACCAAACUGAUGGUGAGUCUUUGACUAAUUUAAUAAAGGUAGUACUCAAUAGUUAUAAUCUUAGAAUUGAAGAUUUAAGAGGUCAAUGUUAUGAUGGGGCAGCUUCCAUGAGAGGAUCAUAUAAUGGUGUUCAAGCCAAAAUACGAAUUGAAAAUCCAUUAGCAUUUUAUGUUCAUUGUCACGCUCAUAUUCUUAAUCUUUAUUUGGUUGAUUUGGCAAAACAAGUAUCAUAUGUUAGAAAUACUUUUGGAACAUUAAAGGCUUUACAUAGUUUUAUUGGUGCUUCUUCUAAAAGAUAUGAAAUAUUUGAGCAAAUAUGGAUAAAAUUAGGUGAUAACAUUGGACCAAAAACUUUAAAAGGAUUGAGUGAUACAAGAUGGAGUUGCAGGAUAGAUGCAUUAAACUCAAUUCUUUCUAAUUUUACUGUCAUUCUCAAAACUCUAGAAGACAUUUCAGAAAAAGAUUCAAUCAAUGGAUCUGAUGCUUCUUCGUGGGAAACGCUCUUGACAAAUGCACCUAUUAUGCAGUUUUUCGGGUUCAAUCGAAAAUAG